UAGCAAAAUGGCGACUGUCAUUCACAACCCCCUGAAAGCACUUGGGGACCAGUUCUACAAAGAAGCAAUUGAGCACUGUCGCAGCUACAACUCUCGGCUGUGUGCUGAGCGAAGCGUCCGCCUUCCCUUCCUGGAUUCGCAAACUGGGGUAGCUCAGAACAACUGCUACAUCUGGAUGGAGAAGAGGCACAGGGGACCAGGCCUGGCCCCAGGUCAGCUGUACACGUAUCCAGCACGUUGCUGGCGCAAAAAGAGGCGUUUGCAUCCCCCUGAGGAUUCCAGGCUGAAGCUGCUGGAAAUUAAACCUGAAGUUGAUCUGCCUCUGAAAAAAGAUGGGUUCACAUCAGAAAGUACAACUCUGGAAGCCUUGCUGCGUGGCGAGGGAAUAGAGAAAAAACCGGACACUAAAGAGGAAGACACUAUACAAGAAAUCCAGAGGGUUUUAGAAAAUGAUGAAAAUGCAGAUGAAGUGAAUGAGGAAGAGGAUUUGGAAGAAGAUAUUCCAAAACGAAAGAACAGGCCUAGAGGACGGCCAAAGACCCCCACCUGGAAAAAAAUUUUCCAGAAAAAUGCUCGGGGAUCUGGAGGUGGCAGGAGACGGAAUGAUGCUGCCUCCCAGGAUGAUCACGACAAACCCUAUGUUUGUGACAUCUGUGGCAAGCGCUACAAGAACAGGCCUGGGCUGAGCUACCACUAUGCUCACACCCACCUCGCCAGCGAAGAGGGUGAUGAAGCCCGCGAGCAGGAGACCCGCUCUUCCCCUGUCCACAGAAAUGAAAACCACAAACCCCAGAAAGGACCAGAUGGGGUCAUCAUUCCCAAUAACUACUGUGACUUCUGCCUCGGAGGCUCCAAUAUGAACAAAAAAAGUGGCCGGCCUGAGGAACUUGUAUCGUGCUCAGACUGUGGGCGCUCUGGACACCCGACCUGCCUGCAGUUCACCACAAACAUGACAGAGGCGGUUAAAACCUAUCAGUGGCAGUGCAUUGAGUGCAAAUCUUGCAGCCUUUGUGGGACCUCUGAGAACGAUGACCAGCUGCUCUUCUGUGAUGACUGUGACCGUGGCUAUCAUAUGUAUUGCUUGAAUCCACCAGUCUUUGAGCCCCCAGAAGGGAGCUGGAGCUGUCAUUUGUGCCGGGAGCUGCUCAGAGAAAGAGCAUCAGCUUUUGGCUUCCAGGCCUGAGGAGCUCCAGCAGUCAAGAAACACUUUGGUCCUGGUGUUGCCAUACCAGCACACAGUUCCCAUCCAGAACACAAAGACACAACCCACAUCAAAAUGAACAGACACUCAAAUACAGGAAGAGGUAUCUGUGGUAUUCACUGUUACUAAUGCUGUGCCUCCUGGGCUCUACUAGAAGGAUCAUGUACUUUCCCGAUGCUCCGGAUGAAAUCUCUUCACUGCUAUGCAUGGUUGCUGCUUACCGUUACGGGCUCACAUGCAUUCUAGAAGGGGGAGGGUUGUUAUAUCGACAUGGAGAAGUCAAUUUUGUGUGGCCUUGUGCUUUCUGUUUAGUCUUCUUUUUAAAGAAGAAGUAAUAAGAUCUCUCCCAAGCAAUUAUUGGUGAGUACUACUUUGGCUGGGAGCAGCACCAGUUGUUUCUCUUCACAGGCUUGACUGGAAAUCUCUUUACUGCAACCACUUUGUAUUCGCAGGGGGCUUUGAGAGUUGCAUUAGUUCAAGACUUCUCAGGUCAUGAACAACACAUUGUCGCUGAGAGAAGCACUGAUCAAAAAUUUUUGGGGUGACACUUCAUCCCUUGGAUCAAAUGCUUUGGUUUGGCAGAUCUUUAGAAGUCUAGUUUUAGUAUCUGAAGGAAGAACAGUACCAGUAUGUACACACAGAGAUGCUUAGAAAAGCCUACCGUCUUUGGUAUUUCAGGAUAUUCAGGCACACUGUCCCACUGCAGUGCCAGCAUCCAGUCCAGACUCAUAAUUUUAUUUUUGUUCAGAAAAUUGUGAAUGGUUGUGUAUGUAACUGACUUGCUGUUUAGCUCAGAAAACUGAACAAAAGAAAAACAUCAUCUUAAGUUGAUUGUAGAAAAUAAAACUGUCAGUUUUCUGAGCAAUCUAAAGUAAGCUGCAAAAAGGAACAACUUUGGCUUAGGGACAAAUGAAGCACUUUUGAUUAAUUUUUUGAAAUUUCUAAACUAAAAUGUUCUGCAAUUGAAAGUUCCAUUUUAUUCAGGGAAUUGCCUAAUCAGGAAUUCCAGCAUUUCCAAAGUGUUACUGUUUUUUAUCAAAGUAAUUAUCAAGAUCUAGCUGAAUUUUCAACUAACUUUGCCCCCAAAUUAUCUACAACCACAUUUUUGGCAAAUGUGAUAAUUUGGCAAAAAACUUUCCCCAGCUCUAAAGAAGGGAAUAAUUUACUGAACCUAAUAUGAAAAGAAGGAUUUUCAUAAUGAAAUUAAAAUUUAAAUAGAAAUAGUUGUACUUCAUUUAAACAAACCUCUACAUGUGAAAUGGAGAAACAUUAAGCAAGAGCAUCAAUUGAAAAAAUAUUAUUACAGUUGAGUCUCUUUGAAUAAUUUAAGACAUCACUAGGAGGACAAGUGAGUACAUUAAAGAAUUUUUACCAGAUACAUCUUUAAGGUUAAAAACCUGCAACUCCCCGAACUGUUGAAUAGCCCAGAAUGACCAUUUUCUUGAGUAUGAUGUAUAUUACUUUCUAUGCAUAGAUUUAAGUGGUUUUAUAAUAUAAAUUUAGCAGAGUCCCAAGCAGCAUGUGACUCAGGUUGCUUGUACAAGUAGGUAAGGACACUGAAGAUUAUAUUUGGCAUAUUUAUAUUGGUUGAAACUUGUCCGCAAAAUUAAAUGUCCCCGAACACUUGAACGGAUGUUGUGAAAGACUAUCAGUGAGCUAAUUUUUCUUCCUUCUCCUGCUGAUUACACUUAGUUAGCAUGAGUUAUACUGACCUAAUGCACUUUCCCUCAUUAUUUAGAUACUUUCUUCACCUUCUGCGUUUUGUUCAGCUUGCACCCUGAACGUAGCCAUGUCAGCUGCUAGAUUCUCCCAUGUACUGUUGCAGCCUCUUCUCAGGCUGCAGCAGGAGUAUUUUAACCUGUUAGAAAAAGGCUUUAUUAAGUUUUAGAAAGUAUUUAUCCUAGUCGUAUUGGACCAAAUCUCUUCCAGAGCAGCUGCACCAGCUGCCUGUGAAAUUCAUUCAAUAUCUUAGGCUUUCCAUGUGACGGCCCCGGAGAU